AUGACCAUCGAGGGUGCUCUAGAAGCCGUGGAGACAACUGAGUGGCCGAAGGGAGGUCACUGGAAGAUCUCGACAGAAAGACUAGCGGCCACUCCCCAUUACCACUCAGUCACGCAUGAAGCCUACACUGUCUUGCAUGGGAGUGGCUCCUAUCUCCUUGGGAAGUCGCCACUCGAUCCUGAGGCUGAUAGUGAUGGAAAUAUGGUCGGAGUCAAGUUCACUGCACAUGCUGGAGAUGUGUUUGUGUUUCCUGCUGGUGUUACACAUUUUGUAACCGAUACCGAGGGCGGAUACGAAAUCCUUGGGUUCUAUUUACUAAAUGAUCAAAAUUCAAUUGAUGAGCCGUAUGAUAUGGAGUAUGCGCUGGAUUCACCCGAGGAUACUGAAAAGAAGCGCCGGAAGUGUGAACUGGUACCAGUUCCUGUCCAUGACCCCAUAUACGGGAAGGAAGGGCCGAUGCAAGAAAUUUGGGCCGCUAGAUAA